AUGUUUAAAUGGACGUUCGUGGCAGUGUUGUUAGCAUUAAUUGGAGUCGUGGUGGCCUUGUUCACGUCCAAAGUACCACUUUCUUCGCAAACGUUUUCAGCUCGAUUUGAAUAUUCAAGUGCUCGGGAUGCUUUUGAAGUAUUGAAGAAAACGACGGUCAUGUUUAAAUUGCAACCUUUUGUUGAUAAGAUUAAUAUUGUAUUUGUGAAUGACACUCAUAGAACCAUUGACUUUUCAGAGAAAAUUCCCAUCCUCGGAAAUUCGACCUACAUACGUACAGUGACAAUGCGAGCUGAGCAGCAAUUUGACUCGUCUCGAAAUGAGAUUAUUUCACAAGUACCAUUUCCAUUGAGAUUGGGUCAAAUAAUUGCAAACUUGACAUUUGUAGAGACUAAUGAUGCGUCUGUUGAUACUUCAAUGAAAAAAACCAUUGCUUGUAUGGAGGUUGUGGAUGGUGCAACGUGGUGGAUCUUUAAAUCAUUUGUGGAAAGUUCUGUGAAAGAAGCCCAUACAAAACUUGUGUCAGAUAUUGCCCAAUAUUUCAAUCAGAGGUAG